AUGAUGGGGCAUAUGUCUCGGAUGGUGUUUUCGCUUGAAACUGACAACAUGGAGGCAGUACUUCUUCAUGUGUGUGGUCUCAUCUACAUGUUCGUCUCGUUAGCGAUCGUAUGCGAUGAAUUCUUUGUGCCAUCGUUGGCUGUGCUCACCGAAAAGCUUGCCAUCUCCGACGAUGUUGCCGGAGCAACGUUCAUGGCCGCUGGAGCCUCAAAUCUCGACGUUUCGAGAGUUCCUUUCUAUUCAGGAUCAGCUCCCGAGUUCUUCACUUCAGUUAUCGGAGUGUUCAUCGCGCAGAAUAACGUCGGAAUCGGCACGAUCGUUGGCAGUGCAACCUUUAAUAUCCUGUGCGUGUUGGCCUGCUGUACCCUGUUCUCGAAAACGGUGCUACAACUCACGUGGUGGCCGCUUUUUAGAGAUGUCUCCAUCUAUAUUCUAGCGUUGUUAAUGUUGGUACUGUUUUUCAUGGAUGAGCAGAUCACCUGGCCCGAGGCAGCGUCAUUAUUCCUUGUCUAUUUAACCUACUGCACAAUAAUGAAAUUCAACGUCCGUCUCGAGGAAUGGGUGAAAGUAUCGCUACUCGGCGAGAAGCUCGAUGUCGAUGAACCCGAGCAGACUACCCUCAACGAGCACAUAAUCACAAUCAACGGAAAUAAUAACACAACUCAGCACAUCGAGUACAAGGAUCCCGAAGAUGGCAUGGUAAUGGGGGAAAGGAGCAUGUCCCUCACACGCAGACGGUCGUCCAUCCCAAUCCUUCAUUCAGGAACCAUGUUCCGUACGGGAAUCAUGCAGCUCAUGCAUCAGACCCUCGAUGAAGUGCCCGAAGGCGGAAGCGAAGAAGAUUCGACAACUCGACGCUCCGCGUCAACGCCGUCACCGCCGCCCAUGCCGAAAGUGGAACUCACGAUUCCGUCACGACCUGAUCGACGCUCGUCUCAAAUUGAGGAAAUUAAGUCCCUGCUAGAAGAAGAAGAGGAACAGCCAUUGAAUAUGGAAUGGCCGGAUAAAUUCACUAAACAGGUCACUUAUGUCUGCCUGGCUCCAGUGCUCAUCCCCAUGUGGGUCACAAUUCCUGACGUUCGUCGA